UAAAAAAUGUGAUUUUUAGUUUUCUUAAAUUAAAAACGGAAAAAUGGUGGCAUAUUUUUCUGAUGAUGAAUAUUGUGAGUAUCCAUAUUAAGAAAAAAAGUUGAAAACAUUUCAAAAUUUGCUAAAUUUUCAGAAAAAGUAGUAUUUAGAAAUACAGUGGUACCUCGACAUAAGAUCCUUUCGACAUCCGACGUAAGAUUUGACUCGCUGUUUGUCUCAACAUAUGACAACAUUUCAUUGUUUUCCCGCAAGACGGACGCAUGGCGGAUUUUCUUGUGAGAGAAACCAACACGGUUCACAAGAAGGUUAGUGCAGGUGGUGAAAAAAAUGAAAAAGGUGACUCUUACCAAUGAAAUUAAGAAGGAGAUGAUAGAAUAAAAUGAGCGUGGUAAGUGAACUGGCUAGACAGCGCGCUCACCGGUCCCCCUUAUCCCCGCCAACAACAACAGAAGAUGAAAACUUCCCACUCUUCCGUAGGGGUUUGACAAAAUAUCGAAAUGGCGAUAUAUCGUGAUACUUUGUAUCCCAAAAGGUUAUUGAUAUGACCUGCCAUGAAUCGAGAUAUCGUUUUGAAAAGGUGUCAAAUGUCUAAAAAAUAAAUAAAUAAAAAUGAACCAACAAGUUGCUACCAAAAUCGUCCACCAUAAUAGUGUCUUGUUUAACUCUAAGGCUGCAUUGACUGUGCUCGACGCCCAAUCCAUUUAGACUGGAAACGUUCGUUCAUUCGAAAUCAGAGCAUACAGUCAUUCUGUCCGAUUUUCAGGGCAUUUACAGGUCACUUGCUGUUCAUUUUAGGGUAUUUACAGGUCAUUUUCUGUUGAGGUUGAAUCACUGCCUCUUCAUUUGGAUGAUUCCCAGGUUAUUUCCUGUUCUGUAACUCAAAACAGGAAGAGACCCAUAAAAUACCCCAAAAUCAAAAGGAAGUAACUGAAAAUCAACAGGUAAAUGACCUUAAAUGGCCCAAAAUUACCUCAUUGGCUGCCACUACCGGCCAUAGACGUUCAAUCCCUUUGAAGUGGGAGGAAUGGCAGCGAAUGAACGGUUCAAGUGGAUUGGAUGUCAUCACUACAUAAUGCAAAGGUAGCUGCACGACCAGUUAUGCACGACUGGCUUCGUGGAAUAUAGCCUAAGUGCCAAGAGCAAAGCUAGCUGAGUGCUGUAGUUGACACGCUGCACCGUCAGAACUAGGUAAGUAAAACAAUAAAUUACGUCCGUCUUCCACUGUUCCACGAUCCGACCCCGGAUCAAGCAGUAGAUGAUGGAUGGAUGGAUGGAUGGAAUAGUACGAGAAUAAAUCGCGUUUUUACGUCGGGCUAUAGUCGAUAUCAUGUAUAUAGAACUAAAUGCAAAAUGACUGACUGGGGUUGUAUUCGAACGUAUAAAUAGAACUAGAUGCUGGCGUUAGUAAAUAGCCGCCAUCUUAAAGCAGUCGACGCCUCCGUUAAAAUCAACAGUAUUAAAAGGAUUUUUGUUUUGGAAUCUGUGUGUUGCUUAUUUAGAAAGAAGCAGCCAUAGGAAGCAUUCGAUUCCUGUUUUAAUGAACUCGUAGCAGUGAAAACAUUGUAUCACUUCGCAAAGUAUCCUAGCCAGAUGCUCUCAUCUCUUCUUCUGCGGAUUAUACGUACACACUACUACAGUGUCACUCACUGGCUUAACUGGUAUUGUCAAAACAUUGCAUGUGUCUGUAAACGCAUCAGAAACGGUUUUACAAAUAAAGAAACAUUAUUUUGCCUCAUCUAGAUCAAAUUAUAAUCAAUAGAAGAAUUUAUACUAAUGCUUUAUUGUAGCACCCAGCUAAGGUACAUGUAUGGCGAAAGAAUAUAAGUGAAUGUUUUUUCCGUGAGCUUUUGAAAAAAAUAUCUUUGUGAAAGUGCACUCCUGUGGAAAGAAACUUCCUCACUUUCGACUGAUAUUAUCUACAAGUUAAAAAUAACCCUGUGAGAAGUUAAUAUAAUUCACAAAUUUCAUAUUAAUUGUAUUAAUAGAUAAUAAUAAAUUUAUAAUUCACAUAAAUGAUAAUAAUACAUUUAAAAUUCAUAUAAUUAAAAAAAAUCGAAGUUAAGACAUUAAUAUAAACUAAUACCAUUUUAAACUAUAGUUUUUUUUAUCCUGCCUUUUUUUUAUUUUUUAUUUUUAAUUAUUAUACCCUGCCUCCUAAAAGAAUCGAAAUUGAGAAUCGUUCGGAACCGGAAUCGAAACAUGGCACCGGAACCGGAAUCGUUCAGUUUCAAACGAUGCCCAACCCUAAUUAUUAUUAUUAUUAUUAUUAUUCCAAUUUGUAUUUAUUUGCAUUGCUAGGUGUAAUUGCUAUUAAUAAUUCUACCUGCAACAUUUAUAAGGAUUUAGCAUAGUUUUUUGGGCUGAGGAAUGAAUUCAUUGAAUUAUAAUGUAUUCUUUUGAGAAAAUCCCGCUCGACAUUCGACCAUUUCGAUUUACAACCCAGGUCCUGGAACAAAUUAAAUUCGUAUGUAGAGGUACCACUGUAGUUUGUAGUUAUGUCAGUAACUAUUAACAACUGAGAGAAGAGGGUAGGAUAUGUGUGAGAUGUUUUAGAUUUAACAAAUUGUAUGUAUUUCAAAAAGUAAGUUGAAUAUUUGUGUGGGGGAAAAAAAGUCUUGGUGAAGUUUCAAUAUAAGAAAAACAUUUUAUUAUUACAAGCAAACGGUUGUACAUGUUUUUUUUUUUUUAAAGGAAAAAGUAAAUUUUGGAGAUCAUAGUCAUAAUGUUACAAAAAAAAAUUGCAAAACAUAGAAGGAGGCUGAUGUUUAGGGUCGAGCAAGCCAAGCAAAUAGUUGUUUAUUUGACAAUUCAUUAAUCGUUGCGCCACUGCAACAUAACUACUAAUGCAAUGUGAACAUUUAUACAUUUUAUACAUAAAGACAUUAUGUUAACUCAUAGUAUGCAUUUGAGAAGAUAAAGAAGGAUGCAGGUCACACACACAACAUACCAUAAUAUCCAUGCAUGUUGUUUGUCUGUACACUACGCAACCAUGGGGAAUCCUACUCACCUGACAGUUGUUUGUUAGACACCCAUUGACACCUUACACAAGGAAGGCAAAACACAAAAGGUCAUUGCUAAAGAGGCUGGACGUUCAGAGCUCUGUAUUCCAAGUACAUUAAUACACAAGCGAAAGGAAGAAAGAUUUGGUUAAUAAAAAGGUGUGCAGGCAAUAGGGACAACUGUCAAACUCAUUAAAAAAAAAAAAAAAAAAAAAAAAAAAAGACUACAAAGGAUGCACGUCAAGUACUGCAUUUCAGAAGCUACGAUUCGAUUAUAAAUCGAUUAUCGGUGUACCCCCGGGUCCCCCCCUUAACUAUUAGCUGCUUUUAAUGUUUUGUACAUUACAAAAAUCAUCUCAGGCUUAAGUAAAAUACAAUUUCACUAUCAAGUUAACAGUUCUAAACUGUAAUUAAAAGUCCCAAUUCUGUAUCAGCAGUUUUAAACUGCAUUCAAUUAAUUUAAUGUUGUGAAUCAACCAUGAAAGUUGUGAAAAAUUGCUUUCAUUAUUCCAUAAUUUCCCUUCUGUCUACUCUCGACAUGUGAAAGUUUUAAAACGGUUUCAUCAUUUUAAGAUAAAUUCAAGUCAAGAUUUUGCCCAUUUAGGAGUAUUUUAGAUAGAAAAGUUAAUUAGGAUUUGCUCGGAAGGUUCGCUACAACAUACUUUCAGAGAAGUCUGCUUUAAGAUGGCGGCUGUUAACUAACGCCAGCAUGUGUCAUUUCACAUCUAGUUCUUUAUACAUAUGCUAACACCGCCGAGUCCGUCAUGUCGCAUCUAGUUCUAUACGCAUUUGAUAUCUACCUGAGCAUUAUGUGGACAUGGAUUGUAGCAACGUGGGUGUUGUUUGAAGCGGCUGUCUGCCACAGUCAGGUAUUAAUUUUUUUUUUUUUUCAUCUAGCAGCAUAAGUUGUCGGUCCAUUCCUCAUUGUGUCUUGAAGACUGCACUGACUGUGUUUUAGUUCUGCUUUAUUUGGCAUAUUUCAAUAAUCGAAAUUUGGAUGUUUGUGAAUCGUUUUCGAAUCUUCCACAACCGAAUUGCGAAUAAUCUAAGAAUCGGAAAUUUCGCACGCCUCUAAUAGCAACCUAUCAGUCAAGCUUCUGGUAUAUUGAUCUGGUCAGUUAAGUAGCAGAGGGGGUUGUUAAUCAGUUUUAACUGUUUUACAGGUUGAGGAGACUUGUACUUUUUUUCCUUCGUCUCUUUUGGCUGAUUUUUUACUGACUGACUGUCUACUGUUGUUGUUUUUUUCAUUUGGCUUGGAUCAACAUCUCUGUUGAUAGCAUUGUGCGGUAUUUGGAUGCUACAGAGGUUGCACAAGUAGUCCAACUUCUCCAGGAUGGCACAUCAAUACGUGCCCUGGCAAAAAGUUUGCUGUGUCUUCCAGCACAGUCUCAAGCGCAUGAAUGAGAUUCCAAGAGACGGAUGGUUACUCCAUGAGAGCUCUUUUAAACAAGGAGAAAAAGGAUGCGCACUGCCAGAGCCCUACAAAAAUGAUCUCCAGCAGGCCACUGGUGUGAAUUUUCCCGACCAAACAACCAGAAACUGGCUUAAUGAAGGCGGCCUGAGGGUCCGAAGUCCUGUAGUAGACCUUGAGCUCACUGCCCAGCACCGUAAAGCUUGUUUGGCAUUUGCCAUAGACCACCAAAAUUGGAAACUACGCCACUGUCCCCCUAUGCUCUUCACUAAUGAGCGCAAGUUCAACCUGAGAACAUGAGAGAGAGACAUGAAAAGGGCUGGAGAUUUCGUGGAGAAGGUUAUGCGUGCUGCAACAUCAUUCAGGGAGGAAUAUCCCUGGAAGGGCGCACAGACCUGUACAUGUUGGAUAAUGGCAUCCUGACUGUUAUUAGGUAUUGGGAUGAAAUGCUUAGGACCCAUUGUCAGAAUUUACGUGGGUGCAGUGCGACCUGGUCCACGACAAUGCCUGACCUCAUGAGGCCAGAGUAUGCAGGCAGUCCCUAGAAGAUGAAGGAAAGGAAUUAAUACAAUUGACUGGCCCCCAUGUUCACCUGACUUAAACCCAAUAAAGUACCUUUGGGACAUUAUGUUUAGGUCCAUCCGGCGCGGUCAGGUUGUUUCUUUGACUGUCCAGGAGCUCAGUGAUGCCCUUUCCCAGAUCUGGGAGGCAAUCCACCAGGACACAAUCCGUCGUCUCAUUGGGAGCAUGCCCCGACAUUUUCAGGCAUGCACACAAGCAUGUGAGUGCCAUACAAACUACUGAGAAUCAUUUUGAGUUGACAGUGAGUUUUCCGUUUACAGUGACAUUUUGGCAAAAUAGACCAGUCUGCUGCAUAAUUUUUUUACUUUCAUUUUUGGGGUGUCUUUAAUUUCCCCCUUCAAUAGGGUGAUAAUUUUCAUUUCUAUCAAAUUAUAAGGCAUCAUUUUGUUACUAAUACUUAUUAUCGGGCAAGCCACCAGAUCACCCCUCCUGUUUAGAUCUGAUGUAUUUUCAAGGUGUUCCUGUAAUUUUUUUGAGCAGUAUAUAAUCAGUUUUGGUUUUUUAAACAAAAUUCAAAAUGCGAUUAAGCGCGGGUUAACUAUGGACUCCAUGCGAUUAAUUGCAAUUAAAAAUUUUAAUCACUUUAUGGCAUCAGUAUUAAAAUUUGAUAAAAUAAUGGGACAGGAAAAAAAAUCAACAUUUGCAACAAAAAAGUGCAAGUUAACUAGGAAAACAUGCGUUUAACUUCCCUUUUAAUUUAAUCGCUUGACCGGACUACUUAAUUUUAAAGUGCCUGUGACACGAAAAAGCAUGUUUAUUUCAUAAUACACGCGGUAUUUUAUGCUCCUGAAUGAUAUGUACCGCUUGGAUGUGUGUGGAAGCGAUCGCUAUAUUUAUUUAGUUUUUUGAAUCCCGCGCCAGGAAAAUGAGUGACUUCCGGCUUCGGUCUUGCAUUGAGGAGGAGGGCGCUGUGACGUGUACGGUAGAAGACGUCCUCUUCACGCUACAGUGUACUGUUGUGUAUGAGGACGAAGGAUUCAGCUGAUUUUGCGGAUUAAUACGCUUAUUUUUCGCAUCACGCCAGCCAAACGGCUGCGGAAAAAUCAUUCUGUAUGAGGGAGAGGCGUAUGCGCCUUUUUGGAGUUUCAAAAGGUUCCCAUUCACCGUGGAUAUUUACUGUGGGACCAUUGGACUUACGAGGAAGUGAGUAAACAUCUUGUUAAUUAUUAUGUCAAAUACGAAUACAGCGAUUACAAAGUAAACACUACAAACUUCCUUUAAAUGAAGGACUACUUACGUUUGAUCAUUGAUAGGCAUGUAAAAAGCUCUCCUAAUGCAUUAGCAGCAGUACGUUAGCUGCGUUAGCUCCAGCCACCCUCCUCCGGGGAACGAACUGUAAAUUGCUCUCCGCCGGGCGGUUUGCCAAUCCGCUAAGACAUUCGACAACCGGGUCGUCAUGUCAGAUAAUCCAAGAUAGCUAUGUGUGAUUUUCCGCUUUGAAGACUUUGAAACAUCACUCGGUUCGGGUUAGCAUGUCGGCUAGCUGUCACGCCUUCUGGUUUGUUUCAAUUCUCCGAAGCCGGGGAAGGGAAAUGACGUGUCCGAUUUAGGUGUCAUAAAAUAUCGUUCGGGAGGUGCGACAGUAAAGGUGAAGUCGACAGUUUUGACCAUUAUGGAGUAAUUUUGCCAUGUCGUCCUGAAUAAAUGCAUUUUUAUUAUUUCAUAUUCCAUUCAGCACAAGACUGUUAUUUGUCAUGACCAUGCCAUUUAUUUAGCAAUUGGGGAAAAUACUUGGAUAAAAAGAGUAUCCUGUAAAAAUAUUGAAGUAAAGAGACAGAAACAAUGACAUUUUGCCGCUCUCUUCGUCGCGUUUUCCUCGAUGUGAAUAGUUUCCCCCUCAACGGGCUGACUGGUCCUUCUCAAGCCAUUUAUAUAGCUAUUGGGGAAAAAUACUUGGGUAAAAAGAAUAUCCUGUAAAAAUAUUGGAGUAGAGAGACUGAAACAAUGACAUUUUGCGGCUUUCUUCGUCGCGUUUUCCUCGUUCUGAAUAAUUUCCCCUCAAUGGGCUGAAUAGUAAAAUCGAUGAGCCAAGUCUACCGCUGACGUCAUCCACCUGUUGGGGACGCUAAAGCCCUAUAAUGGUAGGCGUGGCUAACCGGCAGAUUAAAAGACUAAUUUCUCGUCAUCUGUGCUUUGCUAAAUUGUUGUAUAUAGUCGAAUCGUCUCAAAAUAUGAUUCUAAUUCACAUAAUAAUGACAUUUUAGACUUUUUUUCUCGUGUCAUAUGCUCUUUAAUGGUAUGUACCAUUAAGAUGUGGCUUAUUUUCAAAGCUUGUCUAUUAUAGAGGAGUUAUUACCAUUAACUCAAUCAGAAAUGGAAGAUGAAACUAUGAAAAGUAAAGUAAACCUUGUAGGAUGGCCGUUCUUAAAGAGGCAGUCCCAUUUCCCGCCAUUUGAGACAGCCAUGAUGUAACAGUUCACAGAGAUCUCUCUCCAAUUUGUGCUUCAACAUUUGCGGUUUCAGUUAUUCGCGAGGUUUUAAAAAGAAUUCAUUAAAAAAAUUAAAAUUAUGCGUCGUUUCAUUUUGAGGUGCGAGAGAGAAUGCCUUGCAGCAAAUGGCAAACCAAAGAGCACCAUCGAAGCCGCUCCUACUGUGACCAACACCGGCAAUGAGAGUGGCUUUACUCCGUGAGCUGAUUGGCUGCGCACAUCAUAGCCUCACCCACCCUUUUACAUUCUUUUAUCUUGUCUUGGGCGAGGAUUUUACAACAAGACCUCAAGCCUCAUUUUGAGCGGGACUUAUUUGCAUUUUCACGAGCUUUGAGAGCAUCCAAGGCCCACUACAAAACCUCCACAAAUUUUAACCUUUUUUAAAAAUUCAACCUGAAAAUGGGGCGCUCUAUCUUGCCAAACAUCAACAGGACUAUUUUUACCCGCUUUUAGAGCACCCAAAGCUCACUACAAACCUCCAACACCUCCCGGGUAAAUUUCAGCCACUUCCCUUAAAUGGAGCUCCGCCAAACACCUCCACGACAUCUGAGAGGAUUUUAAGUGCUUUCUCCAUUUUUACCUCCUUUGAUAGUACCCAAAGCCGUCUACAAACCUCCUAAAUCUCUAGGGGAAUUUAAACUUUUUUUUACCUGCAAAUGAAGCAUCAAUUCCCUGCUACAUGCUCGUGAGAGGACCGCCACUUCAUCCAGGAGGUGUGCCAAGUUUCCCCCACGCACCACAGAAUUACUGCAUAAGGACAGUAAUUAAUUUGGCUCUUUGUCGUCAGAAGAUCAUGAUUUUGACCCGACUGCAGAGAUGCUAGUUCACGAGUAUGAUGACGAGAGGACCCUGGAGGAAGAAGAGUCUCUGGAAGGGGGAGGCAAUAUUAGCUCUGAGAUUGCAGAUUUGGAGAAGGAGGGUAACAUGCCUCUGGAGGAGCUGCUUGCCAUCUAUCGCUACGAGGCUUCUGGGGGUUCCAGUAUAGACAGCUCUUCUGGUGACCUUACGGAUGAGCUGCCUGACAUGACUUUGGACAAGGAGGAAAUUGCCAAAGACUUACUGUCUGGUGACUACGAAGAGGAGACCCAGUCAUCAGCGGAUGACCUCACACCUUCGGUCACCUCCCAUGAGGCUACUGAUUUCUUCCCUAGAACACUUCGAUCCAAUGCGGUCUCUGAUGGUGAUAAAGAUUCCGAGUGUGACGAUGAUGGUCCUAGUCCAGAAGAUUCCAGAAAGGAAAUAAUGGUGGGCUCUGAGUACCAAGCUGAAGUUCCUUUGACCAUCUGCCAUUACAUAGAAGGCGAGAAAGCAUAUGAAGAUGAAGAUGAGUUAAUGUGGAGUCCGGGUGCGCUGACAGAGAGCAAGGUCAAGAGCUUUCUGACCGACGUGAUGUCUCGGACGACAGCCGAAAAGACAACGCAUGACAAGCUACAUGUUCGAGACAACGAACAGGCUUUGUUUGAGCUCGUCCAGUGCAACUACAAUACCCACGAGGCACUGGAGCAAUACUGUAGCCACCUAAAGUCCUCGAAAGAAAAAUCCCCCCCGUGGUCUGAAGAGGAAUGCAAGAAUUUUGAACAUGCUCUACAGAUGUAUGACAAGAACUUUCACCUUAUCCAGAAACACAAAGUGACGACGCGAACGGUAGCAGAAUGUGUGGCAUUUUACUACAUGUGGAAGAAGUCGGAGCGUUUUGACUUCUUCGUGCAGCAGAAUCGCUUUGGGAAGAAAAAGUACAGCAGCUAUCCAGGCGUCACAGACCUAAUGGACAGGCUCGUGGACGAAGCGGAAGGUUUGGCUGUGGACAGUUCGUCGUCUGUGUGCUCAAGCAGCGGAGGAGGAAGGAUGGAAAGCACGACGGAUCAACAGCUCAGUCUGCUCAACUCCAUCACUGCCAGUGACCUCACAGCUCUGAGCAACAGCGUAGCGACGGUGUGCAGCCCGGCCGAGGCGUCGUGCUUGGACUCCUACAGCUUCCCCCCGCUGGAGAGCCUCCACAGGGCUUCGCUCAACCACGACGAGUCGCUGGGCUUCCCGUCGGGCGGUGCCGACGCCGACUGCCUCGACAUGCUAGACGCAGGCUUCUACCACUCGGAUCUGGGCCAGCUGAGCAACGUGUGCGUCGCGAAGGACUGCGAGCGGCCAUCCAAGAGACUCAAGAUGGCGCUGCCGGACUCGUACAUGGGCGACGUCUCUGUGGGGAACCUCGGCGUGGAUUUUGAAGCGCGCCGGACCGCGCCGCACCACCAUCGGAUAACAGGCGCCAAAAUGGCCGUGUCGGUAACGGACUUCGGCGAGCCCAACGUUUUUUUGGGGGGGCACGCGCGCCAUCAUGUGCAGCACACAGCAGCACUUCAGUCCGACUGAUCUUCCUCGACCUCGUCCCUCUAGGUUUUUUUUUGGGAGUGUACAUAUAAGACUGACCUCACAUUAUAUAUAUCUCGCUAUAUAUAUGUACAGAAAUAUACUUUUGUUUGCAUUUUUUGUGUACUAUGACAUCAGUGAUGUCUCUCAUAUAGAACUAAAAAUCUUGAUUUCUCUCAAGAGUUUAUAAUAGCCAUUUUAUGUUUGUCGCAGAGGUAACAUCCCAUGUACAGUUGAGUCAACAGCGCCCUGCCAUUCUUCUCUGCUGCCAAAAUCAUCUGAUUUAGAAGGUGCUUAUUUAAAGUGGUACUCCCCUCCCUUCCCAAGUCAGUGUUUGGUUUACCGGUACUUUGCAGUCGGCAUGUUGCUUGCAUUUCCGAUUAUUCAGUUAGCGUGUCGCGGUCAUGACGGCACGAUGUCAGGGGUGGGAAGUCAAAUCACACCUGCAAUUGGGCAGGAAUUUGAAGAUUUACUUAAAUUAUAUUCGCACCGCAGGUCACGGAUACGUUCCGUUCACCUAAAAGAGACUCAUUUGUUUGAGCAGUGUGAACGGCUAGCUGCACAUAUAAAAAUUAAAAAUAAAAAAAUCCUGAAUUGAGCAUCAAUACCUGCGAUAUAAAUUAUGCCCUAGUGAAAACAAAAAGCAGAAGUCAUGGAAAAUAAUGUCACAACUCAUGUAUGUAUACAACUUGUUAAAUUAAUGCUUAAAAAUUUGGGUUUAAUGUAAAGGCACAUUUGCAAAUCACUGUCACCUAAAUAUGGCCGCUGGCCUUGAGAUUGACACCGGUGCACUACGUGGGCUAUAAAUGACCAACAAAAAAAAGCAUUUAAUUUUGAAACUAGCGCAAACCUAAAUGUUUAACAUUUGGCAACAAUGUGUUAGCAUCUUUAUGGCGUAAAAUCCACUUUCAUUAACAUUUUAACUGAGGCACUUGUAAUGGUUAGAAUCUACUUGUGAUUCAUUGUUUUUGACCAUUUUUGUGGCUUCCUGUUCAUUUUGUUGAUUCUUCAAAUCAGGUCUCCAAACUAUUCCAAAAAGGGCCGAAGUGGGUGCAGGAUUUCAUUCCUUUUCACCAAUCGGGUGUGUUAAAAGUGUAAUCGGUUGCUUACUUUCCGCAGAAACCUCACACUGUGGCCCUUGAGGAUCGGUUUGGAGAUGCCUGCUUUAAUUGGUCCAGAGCAAUGUUAUAUAAAAAGUACACCACUGCAGUGUCCUAAAAACAUUUACCCUGCCAAGAAACUAAAUGGCCAUGUAGACCAAAGCACGAUUUAUCUUGCUCAUUGGUGAGAUUAGCCUCGAAUCCUGUUUGUUAUUACAAUUUACAAAUGGAAAUAACUCCCUUAGUCUUUUAACUCAUUCACUACCAAAGACGACGUUGCUUAUGUUCAACUGCUCAUAACUAAAGAAUGAAAAUGAGUAGAAACUCCCCCGACCCCCCCCCCCCCCCCCCCCCAUGAUGAAAGGUGUGAAUUUAAUCUUUUUGUUUUGUUUUUGUCGCCAUAGAACACAAUAUUCAAAGUCGGCACAUGGCUUGGAGUGAAUGAGUUAAACAUUGUCGUUAUUUUUGACUGGACAACAAGAACGGCAAAAAGCACAUUUCAAAAACCAUGUUCACAUUUGGACAUUUCAUUUUGACUAAUUUUGGCCGCCAUCAUCUUUUGCCAGUCCGCCCUUUCUCAUGAUUAACAAGCAGCGGUUUUACGGUUUGAUCAUUUGGCAUCAUGCAGGCACUUUAAUUUAGUUGCUUUUUUACACAUUACAUCUCUCAACUUUGAUUUUAUUUUUGUUGUGUGAACAUCAGUAUUAUCUUAGACGCCCGUACUGUUGUGUGUGCGUGUGUGUUAAAUGUCAGCAGUGUAUGUAGCAGGGGAAAAAAUGGAGUGCAUCAUGUUGCAGUGCGGGGUCUUCACGUAUCUAUGCAUUGUGUGAUGCGAAAUGUUCAUUUCAGGGGCUGUACGUGACAUUUGUCUGUUUUUGCAAGACAACUCAUCCAUUCUUUCCUUGGCUUCAUUGAUGUAAAUAAGAAUUAGCAAGUAGCCUUUAAAGUUUCAUGACCUGACCUCGUCAAUCUAUUUGCAUACAAAGCUUAAUAUUGUUUUUAAAUGGCCAUAUGUUGUAUAUAUGUACAGAAUUUUGAGGUUUUUGCAUUCUACUGGUUGACUUGGGAUUGUUUGGCUUUUUCUUUUUCCUCAUAUACAGUGGAAGUUUCCAAAACCGUCCUGGCAUUACGUUUCUGGAAAUGCCUUUUCUGAACACCUCUUUCCCUGUUUGGCUUUUCUCACAAAUGUGGGACCACAAGAAAAAAAGUGAACUAGAUGCUCACUGAGCUGAAGUUGCCCAGUUUUUCCUCAAAUACUAAAUUUCGCUUUUUGGGAGUUCAACAUUACUGCCACGGUUUUAUGUUUUGUUUCCUUUACCUACGCAUGCUGAAACCUCUCAGACUGAAAACAAUGCGCCGUUGAUUUUUCUGGUCUUGAGCAUUAACGUUAAAAAAAUAUUUGUCUCAAUGGUAAAGGGAUGGCUGCUGCUCUUUGGGGUGGGGUGUGACCCCUUUUGUUAUUUUGAAGAGAAAAAAAUGCAGUAGGUGGUUGUUAGCGGUGCAGUGCUAUUUAUUAUUUCACUCUGUGGUUUGUAUAAACACUUGUCAGAAUGUAAAAGGCCAUUUUAGAAGUGGUAGAUUUUUUUUUUUCUUUGACCACCCUGUGAAAAAUGUGAUAUUUUAUUGAUAUGUGAGUGUGUGUGUGUGUGUGUGUGCGUGCGUGCGUGCGUGCAAGCCAGCACUAAGCAAAUUUCAUUUUAUAUUUUGUAUUUUUUUAAGUCCAUUUUACAGGAAAAACACACAAAAAUACCUUUGUGAAUUUAAAAAAACCCUACAGUAAAGAAUUAUAUUCAGAAUUCUAGACAAUCAAAAAGGCUAUGAGAAAUGUUCCAGAACAGAAGUUAUCUUUAUUGUUUAUAUAAAUUGUAUAUAGACAUUCCGUUUGUUUUCUCUCUAUUCUCGCUCAUUUUGUUAAACAUUCUUUUGUAUCUUCUGUUGUACUUUAAUACCUUGUGUACAGAUCCAGAAAUAAAAGCUCUGGAAAAACAUUCAGCAAAAAUGAUUGCUUUCUUGUGUGUGUAAAUAACAAGGGCGUAGGUUUGGUCUCCUCAACAUUGGUAGGAACGCUAUGACCGCAUAAUCUGGAUGUACACUUUUUGCUGGGACCGAAUGGGGGUCGGGGCAACAUUU